AUGGCUAGCAAGGUAGGGGAAAUGCGCCAGGAGGAUGCAGGUGAUGAAUGCUUGUAUGAAAGCUUUCCUGAACUUCCUUUGGAGGAAGUGCCAGAAGCUGAUGGAGAAGCUGCAAAUGUCCAGUGUCCAACAUCCCUCAGCAUUCAAGAGCCGUCUUCUCCAGCAACCUCCAGUGAAGCUUUCACACCAAAGGAGAGCUCUCCUUACAAGGCUCCAAUAUAUAUUCCUGAUGACAUUCCCAUUCCUUCAGAGUUUGAGCUGCGAGAAUCCAACAUUCCUGGAGCAGGAUUAGGGAUAUGGACCAAAAGGAAGAUUGAAGUAGGGGAAAAGUUUGGCCCUUUUGUAGGAGAGCAGAGGCCACACCUUAAAGAUCCCAGUUACGGUUGGGAGGGUUUCUGAUAAGGGGAGAAGUGCUUCGUUUGCAUGACUCUCCAGGGGCACGACUGACCUUUGGAUAGCGG